CGUGUGUGCGUGCGUGUGUCGGCGAGUAUAUAAGAUGACCCAGGAUACAGCUUGCAGUGGACCGGUCAAGCUUGGCGACUCAGGAUGUUCCCUCUCACGGCUGCGCUGCUCGCGUCGCUCGUCCUCGUGACAUCGGCGGAGAAUAACAACUUCGAGUGCCAGGCCGAGGGAAGAUUCUCUCACCCGACAGACCGCAGCUCUUACGUGGACUGUGUGUUUAGUUCCUUCGGCUCCCUUGUCUCAAUCACUGACAGCUGCAAUGGGGGAGAGUUUAGUGAAGAUCUGAAGACCUGCAUUUCUGACCAGGAGAGGAAAAACUCGUUCCGUCGGGGCCGAGCUCUAAUAUCGGACCACAGUUACCAGUACAUGUGUUCGGAGGGAAACGGUUUCUUUUGUGCCGACUGCACGACGAUGGUCAGCUGCGUAGAUGGAGAGGCUUACCCACACCCCUGCAGCGAUGGCUCCACCUGCGCCAUGUUAGAGAACUUCGGCGGGGGCGUCUGCUACCCCGGGCAGCCCGAAGGAUGUUCUUGCACUCAAGCCAAUAGCUUCCGAAUUGACUUCUAUGACUCCAAGAAGUUCUUCUACUGCAACGACUCUGGAUCUGCGCCGGAGAUGUAUCAGUGCCAGGAGGAGAUGACUUUCGACGAGAUGACGACCCAGUGUGUUAACGAGGAAAAUCUUCCCGAAUGCGAACGGUCGGGGAUGUUUGCCAUCGCGAGCAACUGCAGCCAGUACUACACAUGCAUUGCAAGCAAAGAUGGAUGGAUCCAGAAGGCCCUCUCCUGCGAGACGCCCAACUUCAUGUACAACGAAGCGUCGGGCAAUUGCGAGGACCCAUGCGGCUGGAACGACGGAGAGUUCUCGUGCGAGGCAGAGGGCCGCUUCCCCGACCCCAGGGACUGCCAGCGGUUCUUCGAGUGCAUUGCGAUCGGCGAUGGAUAUCGGGUAUUCUCCCGCGAAUGUCCCGCCGGAUACCAAUGGGAGAGCGAAGGCCAGGGGGUUGGAAUAUGCACCAAGGCAGUCGGUGACUCUUCAUGCAAAGCAUUCACCCAAAAUAAAUGCGUUAUCCCUGAAAAUAUGUGCAGCGCUGCCGGAGGAUCGACAUCAACAGGCGCAGAUGAGCCACCAGUGAGGAGGACUGCUCGUAGAGGUGACCGGCGGACAUGAAUGCUAAAUGUAGUGUAAAAUUAUAACUAUGAAGUAGUAAAUCUAAGUAAUUAUUUGUUUUGUAAGCUGACGUUAUUGUUUAAUGAAUAUGUCCUUACAUUAAAAUCAAUAAGAUAGAAUAACAUGUUUUCAAAGUCAA